CUAAAUAAAUGCCAGUACUAGGAUUGAACUUGUGCCAACCGGGACUUUUGAUAAUGUGCGCUAAUUAAAUUCAAGGAAAAUAAUACACAAUACCUAUUUAAUAUCGUGACUAGUGACAAAAUAAUAUGGUUCCAUGUGUGUUAAUGUCCUAGAGCGUUUACAAGUUUUAUGAAAUAUCAAGUAAUGGCUCCGUCGCUUUAGGUGCGGAAGACUGAUUGAUAUAUUCGAGCGCCUUAAUGACAGUAGGUAUCUGGUAAUUGUUUGAACAGACAAUGUGUUUUUCUGUACGUGGUUCAUACAUAUUCCUGAAGUUAUUUAGAAGUUUUGUAUUGAAGAAUCGUAUCUCUCGAUCUCGGAAAUAUAAGAAGUUUGGUAAAUCAAACAAAUUGAAAGUGUCAUGGCGGCGGCGACGUCAGCACUGAGGUGGUUUCUUCUUCUUAGCGCCAGCAAUAUCUUGGGGCAAUACUUAGAUGUCGGGCCAUUUGAAAACAAUGGUGUUUGCGGCAAAAUGAUUUGUAACACAUUGGAGAAGUUAAAAGAAUUAGAGGGCUGCAUGGUCGUGGUCGGAGAUCUGCAAGUUUCACUUUUGGAGAAAACGAAAAGAGAAGAUUUUGAAGGAAUAUCCUUUAACCUUAGAGAAGUAACUGGAUACGUGGUGUUUUAUCGGGUGAUUGGCUUGGAGUCCCUCGGACAAUUGUUCCCGAACCUGACUAGAAUACGAGGAGCUCAAGUCCUAAAUGAUUAUUCUUUGAUUAUUUUCGAUAUGCCAAAUCUUAAAGAGAUCGGCCUGUACAGUUUGCUUAGAAUAGACCGGGGCGGAAUCAUAGUAUGGGCCGCACCACAGGCCUGCUACUUGAACACCAUUAACUGGAAGGUGAUAGCGCCGAGGUCCCGCCAUGUUCUGGGCUCGUCCGAUGUGAAAAUGCAAUGUGUCUCCACUUGUAGGUGUACUAGUGACAUUGAAACAAAUUAUUGCUGGAAUUACAAAAAAUGUCAGCGUUACGUAGAAGGACCUGAAGCUGACAAAUGCAACGAACAGUGUCUCGGCUGCAAGAAAACCAACGGGAACGAUUGCAGUGUUUGCCGGUAUUACACGUACAGAGGUCGUUGUGUGUCCAAGUGUCCAGUCAAUACCUUACUUUUGCCAGUUAACAAAUAUUGCCUGGAUAUAGAGGAAUGCUUCGAAUUAAAAGGAUGGGCAUGGAAUAAUACAUGUGUGUUUGACUGUCCUCUCGGUUAUGUUGUUUCGAACAUUUCUAAUAUUAUAAGCUGCAAACCCUGCCCUAACUGUCACAAGACUUGUGACAGUUUAAUGAUACAAACAACAAGUGCCAUACAGGCCGCCCAAAGAUGCGUUUACAUUAAUGGAUCGUUGACUAUACACAUCAGAGCGAUCCCAGAAGCAAUGGACGAACUAAGAGCAUACCUCGGACAGAUUGAAGAAGUUUCGGACUUUAUUUUUAUUUAUGGCUCGCUCGUUAUAACAUCUUUAGAGUUUUUAUCAUCCCUACGCUAUAUAGGCGGUAGAAAUUUAAAAGACAAUAAAUAUAGUCUCGUUGUUGACAGCAUGAUUAAUCUACAAUCAUUAUUUACUACGAACGUCACAAAUAACCUUAAAAUUGGCCGCGGUGCACUGAAUUUCUCUCGUAAUCCAGUCCUGUGUAUCAAUCAUAUAGAACAAUUAAACCGUUUGUUUCCACUGAAGCUCGACAAUUCCGAUGUGUUACAAAACAACGGUUAUAGUGGCGGUUGUAAGUACGCGUCCGUGGGCCUCCAGAUACGAGUCAUGAAUGAAACCUCAGCUUUGGUGAUGUUUACUCCGAUGGAGGAACCGGACGUACAUUAUACUAUAUUAUACAUUCGAUUACCUAUUGGAUCUCAUAAGAUGUUCGUGCCCGAGACUUGUAGCGAUUCCGAAUGGCACGCUAUAAACGUACCGAUAGAUUUUGGCAAAAAUGGUUUAGUGGAACUCUCGUCCUUACGUCCCGCAUCCACUUAUGCACUAUGUAUAGAGAGUUACGACACCCCACGCAAAUAUCUGGCCAGAAGCACUAUUUUCAAUUUUACGACUCCAGUUGGCAAACCUGAACCACCAUUUAUUUCAGAGCUGGUCGCAAACUCUUCAACACUUGUGGUUUUACGGUGGGUAGAUCAUAAAGUGUACCGCCCACAUAUAACGCGAUACGAAGUCGAUUUAACUAUAAUAGAUAUUAAUCCAAAAAAUAUUAGGAUUCGAAAUCACUGCAAAGAGGAUAAUGUCCCUGAAAUAGACUUCUUUCGCCACGCUGUAGUAAUGCGACCGCCACCCGACUACGAUAGAAGCUGCGAGUCGAUGUGCGGAGUGCUGUCGACAGUCACCGCGGGUGCGCUGGUCGAGGAGUACAUCGAUUUUUGUAGCGAUACAGAUUCCAACUGCAAUAUCGACGAAGAGGAGGCUCCCGGGAAUACAACAAUAGGAAGGUUCGUUCGCACCAUGUCCCUAAAUAUAAGCGCCUCUCGAAAAGACUUUCAGAUAGGCGGUCUCGCACCGUACAGAGAUUACAGGUUUCGGCUACGCGCCUGUGUCGAGGACGUCUGCAGUCGAUCCGCUCGAAGCGUAGUGAGAACUCUGUAUUCAGACUACGCGGACAUACCCACAAUAACGGACGUCAGCGCGAACGACGACGGGGAAAUUUCCGUGAAAUGGAAACCGCCCGAUUUCGUGAACGGAAUCGUUUUGUCCUAUUCUGUCCAAGUGCUGAUUCCGAGAGUCGCGGAGAGCGAGGAGAUAGAAUUCUCGCCGAACGUGUGGUGCGUGGCGGCCGACAAGCUGAGCGUAGUGGUGAAGUACAUAGCGAGGAGGAAGUACUACGUGCGCGUGUGCGCGGCGAGCCUGGCGCAGAGCGGCGCGUGCGGCGAGUGGGCCGCCGUGCGCGCGCCCGCGCCCGCGACCUCCCGGCACAGCGGGCACGUGCCGGCCGCCGCCGCCGCCGCCGCCGCCGCCGCCGCCGCCGCCGCGCUGCUGUUCGCCGCGUCCGCCGCCGCCGGCGUCUGCUGCGCCCGGACCAGGCCUCCGCACGACGACCGCGUACCGCUCGUGGAUAUUACCUCUAUGUAUAGGAUACCCGGGGAACCGGCCGACUUGAUGCUGUCGGACUUGGUGUCCCUCUCUCUAGUAACGGAACAGAACAAUUAUACAGAGUAGCAUUUUAACUUCGUAAUAAAACAUGUUUUAUAAUGAUG